AUGACUAGCUCUUUAGUACAAUUACUUGCUUUCGAGAAGCUUAAUGGGGACAAUUAUGCUCCGUGGAAAUCAAAUUUGAACACAAUAUUGGUAAUCAAUAAUCUUAGGUUUGUUUUAACUGAGGAAUAUCCUCAAUACCCCAGCUCAAACGCAAACCGAACUGUUUGGGAUGCAUAUGACAAGUGGAUUAGGGUGAAUGAAAAAGCCAGAGUCUACAUUCUUGCCAACAUAUAUGAUGUUUUGGCUAAGAAACACAAUCGCAUGCAUACCACUAAAGAGAUUAUAGAAUCUCUGCAAGGGAUGUUCGAACAGUCGUCCUUCUCCCUUAGACAUGAUGCCAUCAAUUAUGUUUACAACCGUCGUAUGAAAGAAGGGUCCUCUGUUAUUGAACAUGUCCUAGACAAGAUGGUUCAUUUCAAUGUGGAAUAA